AUGGCAGAAGCUAAGACCCACCAGCUUGGAGCAGCCCUGUCUCUCAUCCAUUUAAUUUUCUUCAUCUCUGGAGUUGAGGCAGCUUCAUUCCAGAGAAACCAGCUGCUUCAGAAAGAACCAGACCCAAGAUUGGAAAAUGCCCAAAAGUUUCCCAGUCCCGAGAUGAUCCGGGCUUUGGAGUACAUAGAAAAGCUCCGGCAGCAAGCUCACAGAGAAGAAAGCAGCCCAGACUAUAAUCCCUACCAAGGUGUCUCUGUUCCCCUUCAGCCAAAAGAAAAUGGUGARGAAAGCCACCUGCUGGAGAGCUCAAGGGAUUCGCUGAGCGAAGACGAGUGGAUGAAGAUAAUCCUUGAAGCUCUGAGGCAGGCAGAAAGUGAGCCUCAGUCUGUACAGAAAGAAAACAAGCCCUAUGCCAUGAAUCCGGAAAAGAACUUCCCUGGGGAUGUGACGGAUGAUUAUGAAACUCAGCCGUGGCCAGAGAGGAAGCUCAAGCACAUGCGAUUCCCUCUGAUGUAUGAAGAGAAUUCCAGGGACAACCCCUUCAAACGCACCAAUGAAAUAGUAGAGGAACAGUACACACCUCAAAGUCUUGCUACCCUGGAGUCUGUCUUCCAAGAGCUGGGGAAACUGACGGGACCAAGCAGCCAGAAAAGGGAGAGGGCCGAUGAGGAGCAGAAGCUGUACACAGAUGACGAAGAUGACAUCUACAAGGCCAGUAACAUCGCCUAUGAAGAUGUGGUCGGGGGAGAAGACUGGAACCCCGUGGAGGAGAAAAUAGAGACUCACACCCAGGAAGAGGUGAGGGACAGCAAAGAGAAUAUGGAAAAAAAUGAACACAUCAAUGAAGAAAUGAAGCGUUCGGGGCCRCAGGGGCUGCAGGAUGAAGAUCUCCAGAAAGAGAAUAAGGCCCAGCUCUCAGACGACGUUGCCAAAGUGAUCGCCUAUUUGAAAAGGAAUUUACAGAUCCCCCCUGAAGACCUCAUCGACAUGCUCAAAACUGGGGAGAAGCCAAGUGGGUCAGUGGAGCCCGAGCAGGACCUCGACCUUCCUGCUGACCUAGACGACGUCUCAGAGGCUGACUUAGACCAUCCGGACCUGCUCCCAAAUAAGAUGCUCUCCAAGAGUGGGUACCCCAAGACACCUGGUCAUGCCGUGACAGAGGCCUUACCAGAUGGACUCAGCGUUGAGGACAUUUUAAAUCUUUUAGGGAUGGAGAGUGCCACCAAUCAAAAAUCUCCAUACUUUCCCAAUCCGUAUAACAGAGAGAAGGUUCUGCCGAGGCUCCCCUACGGUCCUGGUCCUGGAAGAUCUAGAGCAAACCAGCUUCCCAAAGCUGCCUGGAUGCCUGAUGUUGAAAACAGACAAGUGGCGUUGGAAAACCCGAACGACAAGGAUCAAGAAUUGGGAGAGUACUUGGCCCGGAUGCUGGUGAAGUACCCUGAGAUCAUGAAUUCAAACCAGGUGAAGCGAGUGUCCAGUCCAGGCUCAUCUGAAGAUGACCUACAGGAAGAAGACCAGCUGGAGCAGGCCAUCAAGGAGCAUCUGAGCCAAGGCAACUCUCAGGAGACUGAGAACCCGUCCCCGGUGAGCAAGAGAUUCCCGGUGGGGUCCCCGAAGAACGACGACACCCCGAACAGACAGUACUUGGAUGAAGACCUGCUAAUGAAAGUUCUGGAGUACCUCAACCAAGAAAAGGCAGAAAAGGGGCGGGAGCACAUUGCCAAGCGAGCCAUGGAAAAUAUGUAG